UCUCACAAACGCAUUCUUUUUCUUUAGUUUUAUUAUCGCACGAUUCGAAGCACCAGCGAAGAAGAAAGAGACGAGACAAAACAAAAAUCUGCGCACACUUUGCGUGCGAGGCGGUUCGAUUCGAUUCGAGAUGGACGCCUUCUACUCGACCUCGUCGGCGUACGGCGCGGCGGCCAGCGGCUGGGGCUACGACUCGCUGAAGAAUUUCCGCCAGAUCUCCCCCGCCGUCCAGUCCCACCUCAAGCUCGUUUACCUCACACUAUGUGUUGCUCUGGCCGCGUCGGCCUUGGGCGCUUACCUGCACGUCGCCUUGAACAUCGGCGGGAUGCUGACCAUGCUCGGGUGCGUGGGGAGCAUCGCCUGGAUGUUCGCGGUGCCUGUCUAUGAGGAGAGAAAGAGGUUUGGGCUUCUCUUGGCCGCUGCCCUGCUGGAAGGGGCUUCAGUUGGGCCUCUGAUCAAGCUUGCUGUAGACUUUGACCCAAGCAUUCUUGUGACAGCAUUUGUUGGAACUGCCAUUGCAUUCGGGUGCUUCACUUGCGCUGCCAUCGUUGCCAAGCGGAGGGAGUACCUCUACCUUGGUGGUCUGCUCUCUUCUGGCCUCUCCAUCCUGCUCUGGCUGCAGUUUGCUGCAUCCAUCUUUGGUCACUCCACCGGCAGCUUCAUGUUUGAGGUUUACUUUGGCCUGUUGAUCUUCCUGGGGUACAUGGUGUACGACACGCAGGAGAUCAUCGAGAGGGCUCACCACGGUGACAUGGACUACAUCAAGCACGCACUCACCCUCUUCACUGACUUCGUGGCCGUCCUUGUCCGGAUCCUCGUCAUCAUGCUGAAGAACGCGUCCGACAAGUCGGAGGAGAAGAAGAGGAAGAAGAGGUCGUGAGCGUCUCUCUCCCCGCUCUGCACAUAGAACCACCACUGCGGCUACUACCUCUACCUACGGCCGAGCCGCACUUCAUCUGGGUGUUGUGAAAAUUGAGUUCUUUACAUUUUGUUGAUACGGUGUGAAUCUUCUCAACUAUGUCGUCGUAGCUUUUGCAAAUACUAGCAAUGAUACAUGACGGGGAUCUUUCUCACAUUCUGAAA